AUGGAGUCGCUCUUGCGUCAAGUGGUGCUGAUCCUUGGGCUCCUGGCAACUUGUGCCCGGAUGUGGAGCUUUGUCCCCCUCUCCGCGCCCCGCCCGAGGUACCAGGUACCAAGCAGGCGCCUUGUGUCCACGAACGUGGCGCAAGACUUUCUUGGGGAAGAUGGGGAAGUAGAGACCGCCACCUCCCGCUUCUCGAACGUCACGCGAGGCUUCCUUGAAGAACUCGAGUCUUCCAUCUCCACCUUCCCGAACGUCACGCGAGGCUUCCUUGAGGAACUCGAGGCCGCCAUCUCCACCUUCCCGAAUGUCACGCGAGGCUUCCUUGGGGAACUCGAGGCCGCCAUCUCCCACCUGCCUGCAGUGCCAAGCGGCCUGUCCUGCCGCAAGUGGGAUCAUGCGCCCUGGCUCACCUUCGGCCUCCUCGUUCUGCCGAUCGCCGCUGUGGCCGCUGUCGUCGCCUGGGUGUUUGUUCAAUUAUUGAUGUUCAUUUGCUUGGGCAUCCUCGCUUGCGCGAGCUUGGUGCCGCUUGAGGAUCUUGAGGAUCUUGAUCUUGAGGUCUUCGAAAACCUUCCGCUGGCCGCGCAGAUCGCGGCAGCUGUGGGAUGGUGCGUGGUAGUUGCUUCAGCUGCCGCUGGAGGGUGGGCAUCCUGGCUUGUGGCGGCCAGGAACCCAAUCCCGGUGCCACACAACUGGCGAGACUGCACACUGCAGUUCGUGACGCAACCUGACCACAUUUUCCCUUGGCACGCUGGCAGUCGCCUGCCCGGCGCCGAGCAAGAGCUGCGACUGAAGUACUAUACAUUGAUGAUGCUUUGGCUGAUUCUUUUCAGCUAUGUCUUCGCACAAACACUCACAAUGUUUGGGCAAGCGGUGAGGGCCUGCAGGGUUUACGCUGCGCGGCAGCGUGAGGUGCAAGGACAGUACACGCACAGCCCACUGGUGUCAGAUGAUACUCAAACCACCAAUUGGUGUUGCGCUGUCGCUUAUCAAGUCGCCCUGAACAUGUUCUGUGCCGCUUUAUCCUACGUGGCAGCUGCCACAGGACGCUUGGAUGGCCCCCACGGCCUGUGCUGGGAAGUGUAUCUCUUGUGGGUGAGCUCCCUCCUGGUUUGUUCACUGCUGCAAGCUAUCGUUCUCCUCGUGCAGCACAGUGGAGAGGAGAUGCCUAGCCUGGGCUUUGCUACGGUGGAGGCGGUGCUGCCAGUGUUGGGAGAGCCUUUAGACCUUUUCAAGGACUGGCUCUUCGUCGCCCUGGCCGUCUCCUCCCGAAGCUGGUCGGGUUGCGUGCUGGCAGCCCUGGCCGCCCUCGUGCUGAUCGUGUCAGGGACAUACUUGCAAGCCUUCCAUCCGACUGACCUCAUAAAGCAACUAGCACCGGUGCAGGGCGCCUGGCUGCCGAAGCGCGGGCUCCUGGAUGCGCAAACCAGCCCGGCGAAACUGGCUGUGGCCAUGAGCGAGGACCUUCCGCAGGCCUUGCUUCAGUCGAUCUACGUGGCCGUGCAUGGCGGUUCCGUGACGCAGUAUGCCUUCAUUGGCAUCAGCGUUGCACGCAUCACGGCUUGCCUCGUGCUCCGACAUCUUGUACUACAGGCAGAGCAGCGGUACGGCGAAGCCUGGGAGGCACUAGCCAGGGUGCAGAACAUCAUUUUCCGCCUCGCUCACACCAUUUGCGGACCCCGACAUCCCUGGACGCUUCGGCGGCAAGAACUACUGGCAGAGAGCUACUGUGAGCUGCGUCAGUACCAGCAGGCGCUGCAACUCUUGGAGGAGGUGCUGGAGGCCGAGCAGGAGGAGGAGCUGCAGGCGAAAAAGAAAGUGUUGGGUACCAGGAGCAAUGUGGCGGUGUGUUUGAGAGGUGUAGGGCGGCCCGCGGACGCUUUGCAGCUCGAAGAGAACUUGCUGGAGGCCAUGAAGGAAGUUCUGGGCCCGAGGAACGAGAUGACGUUAGCUCGCAUGGUUCUAUUGGCGAGGCAUUGGAAAGAUCUCAGGCGGCCCGCGGAUGCUUUGCAGCUCCAAGAGGAGGCGCUGAAGGCCAUGAAGGAAGUUCUGGGCCCGAGGCACCCUCGCACGCUUACUACCAUGAGCGAUGUGGCGCAGAGUUUGGAUGCGGUUGGGCGGCCCGCGGACGCUUUGCGGCUCUUCGAGGAAGUGUUGGAGGCCGAGAAGGAAGUUCUGGGCCCGAGGCACCCGGGCACGCUGGCCACCAUGGGCAAUAUGGCCCUGUGUUUGCGUGGUGGCGGGCAGCCCGCGGUGGCUUUGCAGCUCGAAGAGGAGGUGCUGGAGGCCAAGAAGAAAGUUCUGGGCUCGAGGCACCCGGACACGAUAAGCGCCAUGCAUAAUCUGGCAGCCGGCUUGGCAGAGGGCUUGAUUGAGCAUCGUGGCCUUUUGCACCUCGAAGUGAAGGUGUUGGAGGCGCACCCGGACACGCCGAGGCUGAGCUACGCUAUGCACCUCUUCAUGGAGGUGGUGGAUGCCAGAAUGGAAGUUCUGGGCAACACACACCCUGACACGCUGCUUGCCAUGCACAAUCUGGCGCACUUUUUGAGGGCGGUUGGGCGGCCCACGGAGGCUUUGAGCCUCUUCGAGAUUGUGCUGAAGAUCCGCAAGGAAGUUCUGGGCCCAAGCCACCCACAAACGCUGGACACCGAGGCCGCUCUAACAGUUCAUAGACGAAUGGCCCCUCUCAUCGCAGACAUGUCCUUACGCAAUUCGGAGUUUACAAUUGUUUUAGGGCGUGAUGAAAUGGAAAGACUCGCGAAGUCGAAAGGUCUUCAUCUGGAUUCACCUUCCGUUUCACCCCAGGGGCCCCUGGCUUUGUAG